UGCUUCCUGGAAGGCUGUGUCACGUGGAACCUCUUAGCCUUAACAUCCGUUCCGGAGCGCCAGAAAAGGAAAAAUUUCAAGUCCGAUAGAAUUAUUAUAUAUAUAAACCAUUUCCUUGGAACCUUCAGCCCUCAAGAUCCCAACAUCAUGCCUACAGUUUCAAUACAGUUGAUCUUAGUCCUCACUUCACUGCUGUUGGUGUUGCCUGUUGUUGAAGCAGUGGAGGCUGGAGAUGCCAUCGCUCUGUUAUUGGGUGUAGUUCUAAGCAUCACAGGCAUCUGUGCUUGCUUAGGGGUAUAUGCUCGAAAGAGAAAUGGGCAAAUGUGACUUUGAAGGAUCUCCUGAAUCAAACCUUGCCAUAAAAACCUUUGUGCUGUUGAGACUAAACAUGAGCUUUAGUGUCUGAAGGUUUCCAAGAAACAGUAAAUAGGAGAGUUUCAAAUUCUUUGUUGUUUCCCUUAAAAUGGGAAGAAAUUGAUACAUAAAUGGGAAAAAAAUGUUUUCUUUACAAGUUAUACACUAAAUAAUUCAGCCUAUACUUUAUAUGUGCUGGUUAGAAAGGGGGUCAAAGAAGUAAGAUGGUUGAAAUUUCCAUAAGUAAUUCAUAGUUUCAGGAUUUUCAAAGCGGGUGAGGCAGGAAGAAGGAAGCUUUUGCCCAGAAUCCAAGGAAAUCUCCACUGUUAAGUUAUAGUCACUGCCUCCUGAAUUGUUGAGAAGUCUUUUCUCCUUAUUUUUAUUAUACUUUUGUUUUAUCACUCAAAUUAAUAUGGUAUUUAGAUAUCACAUUUAUCUCUGGAUAAAAAAACAUUUAGAAAGAUGUAUUCAGUAUAUCUAAUAUUGAAAUAGAAAAAAAGAUUUAAUGCAAAAACAAAAUCCUGUAUAUUAACAUUGAAAUGGAGAAGAGAUCUAAUUUGAAAAAGAAACAAACUUUAUAUUAACUGAUUAACAUCUCUAUGAUGAGAAGUACUAUAUUAAAUAUAAACCCAUUGUGUUGUAAGUUGAUGUCUGGUGUCCAUUUUUUGCUUAUUUUGGAUUAUUUUUGUGUGGACUUUCAUACAGAUAAUAAGCUAAGCAGAGAAGCCUUAUCUUAACUGAUCAUACUAGCUUGAAGAGACAAAAUCAGUGAAAAAUGAGAACCAGUCUCAGGCUCCACCCAAAGCAGCUAGAUCAGAAUCUGCAUUUGUUUUUCAAAACCAAAGAUGAUUUGUGUGCACAUUAUAAGUUUAAGAAGACUGCUUUAAUGUGCUUGAGCCCAAGAAUCAUUUCAGGCACUGAGAUGAAACUUACAAAUUCCCAGAUCCCUCUUCUGGUUGUAUAGUUAGUUGUGAGUUGGAGCCUGAAACUAUUUAAGCAGAGACUUCAGUGAUUCACUUGAGUCUGCAAUUUCAGCCAGCAUAAAGUAGUCUGAAGAAGUUAAACGACUUUAUCUACUUCAGGGUUUCAUAGGAAGUAGGCAGGCAGUUUUUUUUAAUUCAUUUUCUAAUCUUUACCUCCCAAGAGGACACUGGGAACCUCAAUUUCAUCAUUAAGAUAGGCAGCAGCAACCUAAAAUCCUGUUCAUGGUGUAUUUCUCCAAGUGUGAGCUGACCUGGCCUUCUUGAAAGAUCUGUUAAAGAGUAUAAGGAGUGAGGGAGGGCCACAUAAUAAAGACAUGGAAAACCAAUGGA